AUGACUGAUAUCACGGAUUUCUCGCUCAUUGACAAUAGACUCAUUGGAGAUGUACUUGAUGACGAAAAGAUCGUUGACGAGGAACUCAAGUUGGAAGAUAUCAAGAUCUGCAACGGUGGGGAUGGACGCAUCAUCCGUUCCGGUGAUGUCAUCGAGCUGUCGACCCAUGAUCCGGAAAAUCUGCCUUUGCCGAAUUGGGAUUUGAUGGAGAUCCAAUGGGUCCUACAACGUCUGACAACACUUAGUGGAGCCGCAGCUCUACUUGAUGCGGGUCUUGAUGAUGAUGAGUCCGAGUAUCCCGCGAGCUUCGGGUGCUCUGAGAUUGAGGAAGAUGGCAUUAUCGACGAAGGACUCCAUGAAACGCGUGAGGAACGACAUGAUGAAGAGGACGCUGACGAGGAGUGGCGUAGCGGGAUCAAUAACUGGAUUGAUGCGCGCAACCAAUCUCGGCCGCAAAUACCAACCGUGAUGGUGCCGAUCCGUCCUCGUGAUCUGCUCCGGGAGAGGCGACACCAGCAAACGACAGCGAAUUUGUGA